UGCACUCGCCAGCCCGCAAAGGAAAUCUCACCUUGUUCUCUGGUGCGUUCGGCGGAACCGACUCAACGGCCAUCGCCCACGGUGGCUGUCGAUCUCUCCGGCGUGUUCUCCAGGUGUUUCCUUGCCGGAAUAGGAGUUCCCAAUGUAUACUUUACUAGUCUGAUUAGACAUUUUGAGGCAGAUAGCAACCCUACUAGUUUAGAAUGAGCUUGCUAUUAAGAUUAAGGAGUCAUUUACCCAAUGGGUUCUAUAAACAACCUCUUUGUUUGACUGCUAGAGGUCUUAAUCUGAGUAAUUUGAAUGUCCAUCCAAGAUAUUUUGGUCAAGCUGCAAGGAAGGAGGAGGACGAUGAUGUGGAGGAAGUGGAAAUUGAUCAAAGAAGGCUCCCAGCUGAUUUUGAUCCUGCAACAUUUGAUCCUACUGAGCAUAGGAGUCCUCCAUCGGAGAGAGUCUUCAGGCUUGUUGAUGAAUUGGCGUCUCUAACACUAGCUGAAUCUGCAGAAUUGGGUCCCAUUCUGAUGAAAAAGAUGGGACUAAAGGAAAUGCCUACUGUGGGGUAUAUGAAACCUGGAGCUGCUGCUAAUUUGGCUGGAAUGGCAAUGAAGGCACCUACUGCAGCCAAAGAGGAGAAGAAGCAAGAGAAGACUGUAUUUGAAUUAAAAUUGGAAUCCUAUGAAGCAGCUUCAAAAAUUAAGAUCAUCAAAGAAGUCAGGGGUUUUACGGAUUUAGGUCUGAAGGAAGCAAAGGAUUUAGUGGAGAAAACACCAUCCAUUAUAAAGAAAGGAGUUUCUAAGGAAGAUGGAGAACAGAUUAUAGAGAAAAUGAAAGCUCUUGGUGCGAAGGUUGUCAUGGAAUGAAGGUAAACCGUUGCACAUUGUCUUGUUGGAGAGCUAUUGAAAUGUGUUUUUCAUUAUCCCCACAUUUCCUAAAGUUUUCUCAGGGAUACUAGGUUGACAGAUUUAUCCAUUUGUGCUCAUUUAUGAAUUUGAGCUGGAAUUUGAUAGUGCAGCUAUUGAAGAAUAUAAUUCAUUAGAACAAGACCUAGGGAAAGUUCUUUCUAAUGAAAGCAUUUAAUGUUGACAUUUUUUACAAUUUUCCAUAACAUUAUUGACUUUAGAGAUCCUUCACAUGUCAUAUUAAACUUAUGUUUAAUUUCACGUUGAAAA